AUGAAGGGUCUUUUUAAGGGUCUUAGGUACAUUUCACAAAUCUUCGAAAACGAGAAAGAGCCAGAGAUGCAAAUUGGAACUCCAACAGAUGUAAAGCAUGUUGCACACAUUGGUUGGGAUGGAGGAUCUGCUAAUCAAAAUUCACCCAGCUGGAUGAAUGAUUUUAAUGCAUCGGGUGGAUUUCCAUCGUCGCCUCUAGGAAAUAUCAAGGAGGAUGGCUCUUGCAUUUCUGAAGAUUCAACUCGAUCACGUGAUAUACCAAAACAUCCAAAAUCAUCGAGAGACCGUACCAACAAUUUGGAAUCACCAGGAAAAGAACGAUCACGACGUAGUUCGUCGAACACUAGUGGGAAUCCAAAAACUUCGCGAAGAUCAAAAGAAUCUUCAAGUAUCUCUCAAGAUGGUUCUGUAAGAUCACGUCGUAAAAAGUCUAAAGAUUCCGUGAACGGUGGAUCUACAAGAUCGUCGCGGAGAGCACGUGAUUCUCAGACAGAAUCUAUAAAUGGUUCAAUGUCUGAUGGAGAGUCAUUGAUAUCACUCUCAUUUGAAGAUCUUUAA